UGAGGAAUUGCAGUUUCUCUCUUUCUUUUUUCUUUUUUGCUGCAGGUUCAAGAGAAAGGAAUCAAUGAUAUUAAAAUAACAAAAUCAAGAAAGGGACAUCUGACCCACUCUUUGACUAAUCUUCACCAUUCACCCAUCUAAAAAUACUUGCAAUUUUCAUUUUAUUUUUGUGUGGUCUUAGUAGCAGUUGGCAUUUGAUGGAGUCCUUUCCUAGAACACCUUCUUGCAAUUGUCUUUCAAGUAUUUGAAUCCUUCCGCUGCUCCAUGUAUCAGCUUCCUUUCCCCCACUAAGAUUUGCAGCCUCCCCGCCUUUUCUAUUCUUCAGAUCAUUUGCAGCGCCAGGGCCACUGAAGAGAAAGGAGAAAAUGGUUCUCCCAAAAGGUCCAUUUUGGGAGCAUGUUGAAGAUAUGAAUGACGGUAGCAUGAGGUGUAAGUUUUGUGGGCAUUUAUUUGCCAAGGACACUUCCAUUUCGAGGAUCAAAUGCCAUUUGUCAGGGAUGAGAGGGCGUGGUGUUAAAAUUUGUAAAGAUGUUCCAGAAGAAGUUCAGGAUGCAGCCCUAGCAACAAUUGAUGGACCUCCAGAAAAAACCCUUAAAACUGUAGCAGGCUCAAGCAAUAACGAGGUCACCAAUGCAAUUGCAGCUUCUGCGCAAGAACAGAACAGUGAAGUGAUACGUGUAGAAAUGGCACAACAAGGAGAAGCUUUUUACCCUGGAACACUCGAAGAUUGGAUGGAUAGCAUCAUUGAUAACGAGAUCGAGCUUGUGUUGGUAAGUAGUUCUCCUAAAGAGCUUCCGCGUGAUGCUUUUGAGAUUAUAUCUGGAACAGAACAAGUGCAGCAUCGGGAGAGAGGUAGCUCUCAUGAGAGGUCAUCAAUUAAUCAAGCUGAUCAGCCUCGAGGAGAUUCAUCCCAACCAACUGAUCUAUUGUGUCUUGGGCUUGGAAGAUAUUGUGAUCAAAUAUAUUUUCCACCAGUAAACAAUGAUGUGAUUAUGGAUGAUGUGCGGAACAUGGUUAGAGUGAGAAUAGAACCAGAGGAGGAGGAUGUGGUGAAUAAUAGUGGAAGAUUAGUGCAGCCUGGCACAGGAGCUAGCUCUUCUGAAGACCUUACAUACAACACAAGUGAGACUAGAGGAGAUCCAUUACCCACUAACUCUACAACGUUAGUGGGUCGAGCAUUUGUAGAGAAUGGGAACGUGGUAUGGUCCUGGUUAAUGGAAGAUAAAGUCUCAACCAUUGGUAUUUAUGGGAUGGGGGGAGUUGGUAAAACUGCAAUGCUGAAGCAUAUCUAUAAUGAGCUUCUAAAAAGACCAGACAUUUGUCAACAUGUUUAUUGGGUGAUCGUGUCUCGUGAUUUUAGCAUUAAAAGAUUGCAGCACAGUAUCGCAAGACGUAUAGGUUUAAAACAUUUCAAUGAAAAGGAGGAGUUGCACAGAGCUGUCAAAUUGUCAAAAGAACUAAUAAAGAAACAAAAAUGGAUUCUCAUUUUAGAUGAUUUGUGGAACUCUUUUGAGCUACACGAAGUGGGAAUUCCUGUCCCGUUGAAAGGAUGUAAGCUGAUUAUAACUACUCGAUCAGAAAAGGUUUGUCAUCAGAUGACUUGCCAGCACAAAAUCAAAGUGAAGCCACUUUCUGACGAAGAAGCUUGGACUUUGUUCACAAAGAAAUUUGAAUAUGACAUUCCACUUUCUCCAAAAGUGGAACGAAUUGCAAAACACAUCACCAGGGAGUGUGAUUGUUUGCCGCUAGGAAUUAUAACAAUGGCUAGAUGCAUGAAGGGGGUGGAUGACACACACGAGUGGAAGAAUGCUUUAGAGGACAUGAGACAAUCAAGAGUUGGACAAGAUGACAUGAAAAAGGUGUUCCGGACUCUGAGAUUUAGUUAUACCCGCCUAAAUGAUUCAGCUUUGCAACGAUGUUUUUUGUACUGUGCAUUAUUUCCUGAAAACUUUGUGAUCCCUAAAGACUAUUUGAUAGCUUAUUUCAUUGACGAGGGAGUGAUAAAAGGGCAGAAGAGCAGGGAGGCAGAAUUUGACAAAGGUCAUUCGAUGCUUAAUAGACUUGAAAAUGUCUGUUUAUUGGAAAUAAUUAAUGAUGGUAGAUGUGUCAAGAUGCAUGACUUGAUUAGGGACAUGGCCAUCCAAAUAGUAGAAGAAGACUCUCAAGGCAUGGUCAAAGCAGGUGCACAACUGAAAGAAUUACCGGAUGCAGAGGAGUGGACAGAGAAUCUUACAACAGUUUCAUUAAUGCAUAACCAAAUUGAAGAAAUUCCUUUCUGCCAUUCACCAAGGUGUCUGAAUCUGUCAAUCUUAUUGCUAUGUCAUAAUUACAGGUUGCGAUUUGUGGCAGAUUCAUUUUUCAAGAAAUUGCAUGGGCUCAACAUCCUUGAUCUGUCUCACACAAAUAUUGAAAAAUUGCCUAAUUCUGUCUCUGAUUUGGUCAAACUCACUUCAUUGCUGCUCUCAAAUUGUAAGAGGUUAAGGCAUGUACCAUCAUUAAAAAAUCUCGGGGAACUAAAGAGGUUAGAUCUCUCUAGUACUCAGGCACUUAAAAAGAUGCCUCAAGGCAUGGAAUUUCUAUCCAACCUGAGGUGUCUUAGAAUGAAUGGAUGUGGUAACAAGAAGUUUCCUAGUGGGAUAUUACCUAAACUCUCUCACUUGCAAGUCUUUGUGCUAGAGGUGGAGUUAAUUUGUGUUCCAGUAACAGUUAAAGGAAAGGAAGUAGGAUGCUUGAGGAAGUUGGGAACUUUGGAAUGCCAUUUUGAAGGUCACUCUGACUAUGUGGAGUUUCUCAAAUCUCGGGAGAAGAACCAAGCACUAAGCAAAUACAAAAUUUUUGUAGGACAAUUCAAGGAGUACGAUGUAAGAACAUAUUGUAGUAAUAAGACAGUUGGGUUGGGUAAUUUGAGUGUCAACAGAGAUGGAGAUUUUCAGGUCUGGUUCCCAAAUGAUAUUCAAGAACUGAUCAUUGAAAAGUGUGAUGAUGCAACUAGUUUGUGUGAUGUUUUCUCUCUAAAGAAGUGUUCAAUUGAAUUGGAGGUCAUCUCCAUUUUGAAUUGCAAUAGCAUGGAGAGCUUGGUUUUAUCUUCUUGGUUCUGCUCUGCUACACUUCCAUCUCCAUCGUAUAACAGUAUAUUUUCUGGUCUUAAAAGGUUUAAUUGUUCUGGUUGUAAGAGCAUGAAGAAGUUAUUUCCUCUUGUCUUGCUGCCAAGCCUCGUAAACCUGGAAGAGAUUAGAGUUAAGCAUUGUGAGAAAAUGGAGGAGAUAAUAGGUGGAACGAGAUCAGAUGAAGAAGGGGUUAUGGGUGAAAAAAGCAGCAACAACGAAUUCAAACUCCCCAAGUUAAGAAUUUUGUACUUGUCUGACUUACCAGAAUUGAAAAGCAUUUGCAGUGCAGAAUUGAUCUGCGAUUCUCUCAAAGCAAUUGAAGUAAUAAAUUGUCAGAAGCUAAAGAGGUUCCCAAUUUGUCUUCCAUUACUUGAAAAUGGCCAGCCAUCUCCUCCCCCUUCUCUUGAAAAAAUCAAAGUACAUCCAAAAGAAUGGUGGAAGUCAAUGGUGGAGUGGGAGCAUCCUAACGCUAAGGAUGUCCUCUGUCCCUUUGUAGAGUUUUCUCAACCACAAGUAAGGAAGCAAGACGAAGACAAGUGAAACGUUUAGAGAGCUACAAUUCUGGCCAAUUCAUCUACAAGGUUUUCUCAAGACCUUUACUCUCCUCCUCAUUUUGUUGCUAUCAUCCCAACCUUGAAACUUCUUUUAGUUUAUUUAUUAUUUAUAGGAAAACUUUUAGUUUUUCUACUAUAUUCUUUGUCUUUUUAAAAUGGGAUUUUAAAUUAGGAUUCGAUUGGCUAUCUCUACAAUGUUUGAAUUUUUCUCUCUGGCUAUCUCCUCCUCCUUCUCUUUAAAAAAAAUGAUUAUUUAUCCAAAAGAAUGGUAGGAUUGUCUGAAACUGAUAUGCUUGAAAAUGGCCAGCCAUCUCCUCCCCCUUCUCUUCGAAAUAUCUAUAUAAAACCAAAAAAUGGUGGCAGACAGUAGAGGAGUGGAAGCAUCCUGGUGCCAAGGAUGCUAAGGUUGCCAUGUAUGAUUCUUAAUUAUGCAGCAUAUGCUAAAACCAUCAUAUUUCUUGUAGAUUUAGUGCUAUGACAAAUCUGAUUUUCUUUUCUUUGUUUGGAGUUCAUGAACUGCAUGGGAAUGUGCUUACUGAUUCUGCAGUAACCAUUUUGAACUGUUCAGUGAAAUGCCAAUCAAAUUUGAUCUGUCAUACGGUGCAGACCGAUACGAAUAUGGCGAUGGAGUUCCUGCAAAAAUAUUGCAAGGCAAUUGAGCUAAUCAGUAGAAUGGGACCUAUCUCAGUGGAGAUGUAUGCUUGGAGAAAAGUGAAGGCCAAGCUAAGCGAAUAUGCAACAGCGGAGAUGCGGGCAUAGGACCAAUACUAUGGCACUCUCUCUCACUCUCUCCAAAUUCAGUUUAUACUCGCUGCUGAAGCUUACCAUCGCAGGUUGAUGAUGAUAACAUUGGAGCAAUUGAUUCAGUUCUUUGGCGCAACCGUGCUCUUGACUUUCUCAUUCACUGACAAAGAUGGUGAUGGUUACAUGAGCAUUGUUUAUGUUCAGCAAGCCUGCAAUAUAAUUGGCUUACAGAAAUCCUGGCGAAUUGCUGUGUUGAUGACAGUGGCAAUGGAAUAAUCUGGAGAAGAACCAUGAGAAGCAAAACUAAUCCGGGAGAUGCUUUAGCGUUGCUAGAUCAUUUGAUUGAUGAUGGAAUAAUUGAAAUAUUGAAGGAAUGAGAAGCAGGCAAGCAACAAUUGACGAUGGCCACACAAUGCAUAAUGGAUUUGAAAACACCUACUUAUUGCCUGUAUCCACGGAGCAGCUCUUUUGAGAGAAAUAAUAACAAAAAAAGAAAAAGGAGGGGGGUAUUUGUGUAUCAGGACACAAAACACUAUUCCUUGUAACACUUUAAUGAUGAAAUUACCCUUGGCCUUUAAACCUUUGAAGGCAUUAAAGACAAAUUGCUUUGAAUUUUCA